AUGUCAUCUCCUAAAUACAGGAAGACAACGGCAGGCUCUCAUGAUUCAUUUAGCUUCUACAUCGAUGAAGCCUCUCCAGUUGGGCCUGAACAGCCAGAGACGGUCCAGAAUUUUGUGUCUGUUUUUGGGACUGUGGCUAAAAAGCUGAUGAGGAAGUGGUUGGCUACACAAACCAUGAACUUCACUAGCCAGCUGGGGGCAGGUAUACGGUAUUUUGAUCUAAGAAUUUCCACCAAGCCUAGAGACCCAGACAAUGAACUCUACUUUGCUCAUGGUUUAUUCAGUGCCAAAGUCAAGGAGGGUCUGGAAGAGAUCAAUGCGUUUCUCAGUGACCACCCAAAAGAAGUGGUCUUCUUGGACUUCAAUCACUUCUACGGGAUGCAGAAAUACCAUCAUGAAAAGCUUGUCCAAAUGCUCAAAGACACGUAUGGAAACAAAAUGUGUCCUGCUAUAUUCGCCCAUGAAGUCAGCCUCCAGUACCUGUGGGAAAAGGAACACCAAGUGCUGGUUUUCUACCACAGUCCAGUGGCUCUUGAGGUACCAUUUCUUUGGCCAGGCCAGAUGAUGCCAGCUCCCUGGGCAAACACCACAGAUCCGGAAAAACUGAUUCAAUUCCUCCAGGCAUCAAUCACUGAAAGAAGAAAGAAGGGCUCAUUUUUUAUAUCUCAAGUAGUGCUGACGCCAAAGGCUAGUACAGUGGUGAAAGGGGUUGCUAGUGGUCUCAGAGAAACGAUCACAGAAAGGGCUCUUCCUGCAAUGAUGCAGUGGGUCCGAACUCAGAAACCAGGAGAAAGUGGUGUGAAUAUUAUCACUGCAGAUUUUGUAGAACUUGGUGAAUUUAUCAGCACAGUCAUAAAGCUCAACUAUGCCCUGGAUGAAGGUGAAGAUGACACUACUUGAUAGUACUAUAAUGUGUGUUGUUGCAUUAUUUAGAAUUUAAAAAGAAAGAUUGCAUUUUAAAAGAAUUAUCUUGUAAAACAGUAAUGUUCUUAUAAACGCUGAGGUGUUUAGGGCUUUAGUGGGUGGGUGUAGGGGAAAUGUUUUAAUCAUUUAUGACCAUUUUUUACAUUUGUGUUUCAUGUGAAGAGGAAAACUAAACGUGUUUACAGUGUUUGAUAAAAGAAGGCCAUUUAAAUGUUUUCCAUGACAUACUAUAUGUGAUUCGUGUGUCUUCUAUGGUUAUGAACAGUGCCAAGAAAUCUGCUGCUUUCAGCACAAUGAGAUAUAUAUUGCCCUCUGCCUGCCCACAGCAGGAUUCCUUGAUGGUGUGUUACACCGAGAGAGGACAGUAUAUCUGGCCCGAAAAUUUUAAGCCGCUAUGCUUCGUCUGUUAGGUGGUUCAACUGAUAGUAUUUAUCAGUGAGCUACAGGUUUAAAUGCCUUUGUGAAGUGAAUCCAAAGUCAUGCCUCUAACACGCGCAUAAUCAGUGAACUGUAAACAUGAUGUAUUACAUAGCUUUCACAGAGCACAGAUUAAAUCCUGCUUGCUUUUCAUUCUCAAAAUGGGAUUUUCCAAUGUCUCUGCCCCAGGUCAAGUCAGCAGAUAUGUGAUGCUGGCCUUACCCUGUACUGGGAGCUGCCAGUGCAUUUUUUCCCUGGUUUUAGCAGACACUAAAUUAGGCUAGCUUGGAGCACCACUUCCUCCUAAGAUUAAUCUUAUGUGACUAAAUCUUAUGUGACUAAAACUGCACUUAAAAAAAUAGGGACAGUCUAAGCUUCCCUUUAAGGCAGCUACGAACAUAACAUUUCUCUGCUGAUUACCAAAAAAUCAGUGCCAGUUUCAUCAGCGAAAAAUUCCUGUAUUACAGGGUGUAGUAGUUCAAUUUCUAGCAAAUAACAAUGCUCUAUAGUCCUUAAGUUGUUUGUAGGAUAUUAUACUACAUAACACAAGGUUAGAAUUCUACUGAAUGGCACUGUCCUAGCAGCAGAAUCACUGAUCAUCCUUAACCAUUUUAAUGAAACAUAUAUAAAAUUCAAAUGUAUGGAAAUCUUAGUGAUUUAUAAAAUGAAAGCAUUGCCACUGUAUGACACCUAACUGGAUGCAACGCAAUCAAUCAUAUCUCCUGGAAACAUCAAUGCACAGGCAUACAACUUUGUAAAGCAAAACAUUUCAUUUGUGCAAAACAAUAGAUGCUACAAUGUCUUACAAGAAAAAUGCUCUUUGAAAUAUUUCAGGGCUUUUUGGGAUAAGGCUAAGGUCAAGUUUCCAUGGAUAUUACUAGAACUUUUGGUUGUGUGAGAAAAGAGAAUGGCAUCAUAUAGUCCUUUGCUAUUUUCUGUCAGAUGAUAAGGAGUACCAUCUACCAUCAGAGUUUAGAAAAACAAAAAUGGUCUUAAAAAACAGGUGGUUUAUGGGGUGUUACAGGGGUUUUGUGGGAUUUUUUUAGUUUGGGAAGAAGUGGAAUAAAAUGAACACUUGCUGCUAUUUUGUACUGAGAGGGUGCCUUGGAAAAAGUGUGCGUGUGUGUGUAUGUAGUAUAAUGACACAUUUAAGUGUAUGUAUAUGAUACAAAGACAUCCAUGCACACUUGCAUAAUGAUAUUCAGGUUUUUGGACAGGAUUAUUAUAAAUUUGGUUGAAAAAAAUUUAUGAUGCCUCCUUCAGUAGCAUUUUUUUCUAUAUAGAUUAGGACUGCAAGAUUCAUCCCCAGUGAAAUCUAUGAUCUAAGCCAGUUAGGUUUUUUACAGCAUUAAAACUUCACCCGAACAGCCUCAAAAAUUUACCAAGAGUCACAGCCCAUCUUUGCAUUGAACAAGGUUGACUCUAGUGCUUUCAACUACAACUAAGCAAGAUAUGAGGUGGGUUGAUGCACUUUGUUUCCAUUUUCAACAGGCUCUCCAAGCAAAAUUAAUGUAAUGAACACAUAAAACGAAACAUAAGCCUAUGUUGUUUUUGAACCCACCCUGUGUGGGUGUCCCACAUAGAAACAUUAAAAUGUUUGCUUAUUUAUUGAUGUUGUGGUGUGAAAUACUCUUUUCUUUUUUGUUUGGCUGGAUUUGUUUGCUUCCAGAAUCUUCCUUUUCAGCUGUUUAAGUAUAGUCAAAGAGUUAACCUAUCCUUUUAAUAUAGUAAAGUAAUCUGAAUCCUUGGGUGGAGAAAAAAAAUAGGUUUCUUUAUUUUGGAUUUUGAUUGAAAUCCUGUUGAGCAUCAGCACCACUGAGUUCCUCCUGGGACCCCCUGCUCAAACACACACCAGGCACACCAAGCCUUUAGCUUACACAGAAGUGUACUCAAAGCAAAUGUUCUGCUGUAUUUAAGAAAAGUGUGUGUGUGUGUGCCUGUAUUUAUGAAUAAAUAUAGUGCUAUGUUGAGCUUGUUAGCAUUGUUAUGAAAUGUUCGCUUAGUGUCAGUUUUAUUCUAAUUGUCAUUUGGGUACUGGAAAAUAAAAGCAAAGAAAAAAACCCUCUGACAAGAAGGAUAAUAGAUAAAUCAUAUAGUUUCUCCAUUAAUAGGAGAAAAAAAUCUUAGCAGAAUGUUAAAUUUUGGUCAGAAAAAAAUAUGUUAUUUAGCUGUCAAUCUCCUUUCUGUUGGAGAAGCACAGCACUUUACGUUAGGGACAGAUAAACUUGCCUUAAUUACUAAAACAAAAAAGUGUGGGGGGGGCCAUACUACCCAUGCUUUUCUGGGGAUUUCAUCUGCAAGGCCCCAAAACUCUUAAGUCUUGAUGGGGAUGCACUUCCUGUUGAUACUGUUUGGCAGGUCUUGCCAGAAAAGAACAAGCCAGAAGGCACUAUGCAGCACAAUUGGACCAUUCAGGAGCCCAGCUUUGUCAUCCAUAUGCAGCUAAAACUCUUUGAUUUCAACCAGAAAUGUGGCUGCAGGGUUGGGUCAGAUAAGUUGUUCUGACCUGAUUUGUUUGAGAGGUUUCUGCACAUGUAUUAUGAGGAAUCUUACAUGGGAAAUGAGAUAACAUCAGACAAAAAAUACCUGUCUACAGUAAUGAUCUUCAUAAGCAUCUAUUUACACAAACUGUCAUGUCAUUCUCCAUCAAAACCUUUUUUUUCUUCCUGUGCUCAUUUCCCCCCUUGCUAUGUUCAUUGUAUACAUAUCAAGUAGUAUUUUUUUCUGACAUUUUUACAUGGUUACUUGAUCCUUUUUCACUCGUAUUUGAAAAAAUGCAACACAUGCAGUGUCUCAACUGGUGUAAACCUACCUGGCUCCAUUUUCCAGUUUACACGGUCUUUCUUUGGUACUGAUCCAACCUGCAGCAAUUUGGACCAAAUAAGCAGCUGGUCCCUGGGUCUGAUACCUGCCUUGUGUAGAGAGUGGUAGGAUCAGAAUCACACCACAGGAGCCUAGUUUUAAAAUCAGUAGGUUAUUUACAUUCCUUUGCUCUUGGUUACUUCAGUGGUUUUGUAGGUCCUGCCAUUUCAAGCCAUUCUUUUAAACAUACACAUGUGUGAGUAUAUAUAUAUAUAUGCAUACGUGCAUGAGAAAGAAUGUAUGAUCCUGUAUGCUGGGCUUUCUGUCAUACUGAUACAAAUCUAGACCAUUUCUACUAACUUCAGAGUAGUUACCAAACCUUUAUCCUGGGAUGAGAGGGAGCAGAUAGUCAAUGUGUAGUAAGUAUAUGCUGUGUUGCAAAGGAAAUUUAAAACUCUGGAGCUUAACUCCACAAUAUCAAAAAAAUGGAGUGUCCUGAAAACACAGCUCCAGUGCUGUUUAUCCUGAAUAUAGUAUAUGGAGCACUAGGUAUUAGCAACUGAGUAGGCUAUUUGGUGAUUUCAAGAGUUCAGUUAACACCAUCUUAAACUUCUAAACAUUUCAGUGAAGUAAAAGCUAAUAGUGUAUAUGAUGUAUUUGCCAUAUCUCAGUGGUAGCUUCUGUGUUACGUGCAGUCAACAUUGUUCUGAAUUGUGUAUGUUUACCCAAUGAUGAGGUUAAAAUAUGCUGUAUAGUAUGUGCAAUGUAUUGAUUAGAAGUAUGUUGGAGUUCAGUGAUCUAUUUAUUUUUUACUGUGCUGCUGUUUUGUAGGGGUGUGUGUGUGUAUGGGAGUAUGGAUUGUCUACAGUGUAUGAGGAAAUAAUAAUUAAUCCUAAAGGAAAAGGGCAGUUAUGUAACCUGCCUUAAUGCAUUCACACAAUACUCUCUAAAUCCCAUAAUUAACAGUUCCGAUUUCAAACGUUACUGAGGACUGUCCAUAGGGCUGACUCCCUCACUUUUCGGCACUAAGGAGUGAAGUUACUUGGAGCUCACUUACAUAUUGGUGAAUAAAGAAUAGGAUGUUUGCCUGAUUUACUACCUUGAUUGUUCAAGGGGGCAAAGACAUGUUUUCCAAUGUGAUACAGAUAAAAUCACUUCUGUGCACACACAGCUCCUGCUGAUGCCAGCAGGAAUUGUGAUCAUGUAAUUUGAAUGGCCUAAAAUUCAUCUUCUAGAAUACAAUCAUGACAGGAGGGUGGUGAUAGCCUGGCUUUGAGGAAGUAGCUGGACGCUAUGCAAUACUGCUCAUAUCACAUUCUGGAAUGUAGCUGUAAAUUUGCAGGAAGACUUUUGAACUCGGCUGCAGUCCAAGGCUGGACUGUAAAAAUCUUUACGUAAAAAUAACAGAUGUCAGAGGCUGAGCAGCCUGGCCUGGCCUGCCCACAUACAGCAUUCUGCUUUCAGGAGCUGUGGCAACUUUAAUUUAAAAAUCUGUAAUAAUUUCCCAGUGUGUCACAGGCUCUAGAGCUUUAGUUGGGAAUCUCUACAUUGCCCACAGGUAUGACCCCUCUACCAUUCCCCCAGCCGGGUCUAGCUCUCCCUUCGUGGUUUCUGUCUGAGAUACUUCUGGCUGAUGCCAAGGGUAAUUCUGAAACACGUACUGAACACAUAGAGGGUCCAUCUCAUGCCUCGCCAGUUGGACAGGAGCAGGAAGAGUGUGCCUGCCCUAUGGUACAUUUGGUAUGAAGUCAGCUUCAGUCAGACCCACCUGAACAGCGCUUGAGGGAAGGCAUAAGUCUGAUUUCAGACCCUUUUCUAUUAUCUUUGUCUAGUUAAAAAGCAGCAUCUUCCCCCUCCUUUGCCUUUGUUCAGUGCUCCUUCUGCAUACACAUCCCUUUAACUGCCAGCUGUGAGCAACACUGCUCAAAGUGAGCAUUAGAGGUUUUUCAUCCUCAGUCUCAGUGCACCAUAACAAUCCACAAGUUCUUAUAAGAUGUUAAAUAUGGGGCUAAAAGAUGGCAGUGUCCAACAUCUGAUGUCCUGGGAUGGUUUAACUCCACACUCCAAGUUAGGCACACAUGUCCUCUUAGACUGGCCUCACCUUGGAUGAUGAGAAUUUAAUUACAAAAUUUCUCCUCCCAAAUUAGAAACAGAUUGGAUGAUAUGCCAAUGAGUAUCUCCUAAAAUGGAGGUACACUUAAGCUUUUUUUUUUGAGUAAGAUGACAUGUACUAAUCUCUUCCCUCAGCUCUGGUUUCUACAAAAGUCAAUUUGACCAGUAGAGAUUUCUUGAGUAGCUGAAAUCAGUUUUGCUGUGAAGCUGGGAUCCUUAAAGUAGAAUCCUGAGUUCAUGUGUAAUUAUUAUUAUUGAAAAUAAACACACAUGGUUAAAACUUUAAUUUUAAAAUAUCUGGGCUGGCCAGGACAGUUGAUAAGUUUUUGACUGCCUCAGUCAUCAGUAGCUUUAGGAUCAUGUAGGUGAUGAUUAGGAUGUUACUGCCACACUGCCUCCUGACACUGUUCAGGGUCUCUGUAUAGAAGCCUUAUUAUUCCCAGUGAGCAUUAAUGUGUUUGAAUGAUUUCUCCAUUUUGGUGGAAGGAUGAUUGUGUAACACUGAGGACAUGGAGCUCCCUGUGUGUUGUGCCCACAAAGGUUCACAGAGCUGCACCUUCUCUUUUUAGGAUCUAUUCAAUGGUACUUUAAUGUUGUGUAAAAAAUGCCUACAGUUCUGUAUAGCAAAUGUGAAUUUUUAUGACAAGAGUGUGUAUUCAAUGUAAAAAAAAAGAUUAACAUAAAAUCCUGUUUCUUUGUAUCCAGUGAAACAUCUAAUAAAGCUCUGGUACCUGUA